GUAUUAUAUAAUAUAUGUGAAUUCCCAGGCUUUACAACAACGUUUUUAAUGUGCUGCGUCACCUCUUUUAAUUCGGAGGUUGAGUUUUGGAGUCAUUACGUUGAUUAAAAUGUUACAAGUUUUACAUUUAUGAGCAAGAAAACUCCAAGUUCCAAAAGCUUGUAUUCGAUUUGCACCGUCAAUUAAACGUAUUAUAAAAAAUGAACAGUUCAUCAGACCCACGUAGAUCUGAUAAGGAGAUCAGGUACAGACCAUCAGCAGUCAGCAGUCAAGCUCAACCAGGGGAUGAUCUAACACCUGACUACAUGAAUAUCUUGGGUAUGAUUUUCAGCAUGUGUGGUUUAAUGAUGAGGCUAAAGUGGUGUGCCUGGGUGGCUCUUUACUGCUCUUGUAUAAGUUUUGCUAAUUCGCGAAUCAGCGACGAUACCAAACAGAUACUUAGCAGCUUUAUGCUGUCUAUAUCAGCUGUAGUCAUGUCCUAUCUGCAAAAUCCACAGCCAAUGACUCCACCGUGGGCAACUGCUGCUACUCUAUAGUGAAGUGUUACGGUAAAUUGAAAAAAAAAAAAGUUUUACAGACUUACGGCAGAGUGAUAACGUCAAUCAUCCGAUCUACUAAAGAUUGAUAUGGAAUUUUUUUAUUUUUUGGACAGAUAGAGGAAUGAAAAUAAUCAUUUAUGUAACUUUAUACCAGUGAACAAAGUUAUAAAGUAUUAAAGCAACACAAAAUAAAAAUUUUCAUGGAUCGUUUGAAGGUUAUAAAUAACUAAUACCAUACAUCGAAAUUAACUCUCAA